UUAUUCUCAAAAAUCGGUAUAAUUCUUUUUAUUCUCUAAUCAAACAUGAUCCAUAUUCUUAGAAAAACCUAAGGAAAAAAACAUUGCAUAAGAUCAUAUCCUUCACUUUCCCAACAGUAAUAUUCUUACUUUUGCGAUAUUAAUCAGACAGUUCUACUAUACGCAAUUUCAUUCUAUAGACUCGUCAUUAACUGUUCCUCAUAGCCAUUUCAUCCUCGUAACGAUAUCGAUCCAGAUACGAGCAGGCAAUUGUUGUGCUCGUUAUUACUUAGCAGCCUAUUUAACAUUCGUGACACGAUAAUGAUCCUUCAAAACUAUUCCGAAAGGAUGGCAAAGAAGUAGAGUGUUCAAGUUUAUCCACUGUUAAAGUUCUCGCGACUUUGAUCCGCGAUGUUCAAACCGAAAACUCUCAGGCAAACCAUAGUGCCGUCGUUAGUGAUGAAUUUUCUUUUCGGAAUGGGCAUCAGUGACGUUGUUAGCAAAAAACCAUCGAAACUGAUAGAGUACGCGUACACCCUGUGUGUUUUGAUACUGGUUAAUGUCGUUGGUAUAUUAAUGGUACCUUAUUUCAAUAAAUAUUAUAUAAUUAGCAUGCUCAGCUUAAGUCGAAUCGCGUUCAAAUUACUGAUUUAUGCGAAUCUUUGGACGUUAAGCACGUUGAUCGCCGCCAGCAGAUUAAAUGCGCAGAAAUUACGUACUUUGAUCGCACUUGUAGAAACGAACGAUCAAGCAAUGGAAAGAAUAGGAUUGCCACGAAUGUAUCGUACGCUGUUCAUGUAUCAGAUAAAGGAAUUCGUGGUUUACGGAUUUAUCACAGUCGUUUUCGUCGCAGCCACUUCCAAAUGGCAUUUUGCAACAUCCACGCCAACGAUGAUGAAACUGUGCCUUUCCUUGGUAGCCCACGUUCCAUUCGUAGUCAUCUACGUUUCCAGCGCUACCUUCGGCUUUUGGGUCACGUGCUUGAGAUUGAAGCUUCACCAACUGAAUCAAUUGCUUCAUAGUAUGUUGGCCACGAUGACACCGGAAUCGUCAUUGCAUAAAAGAUUUCUACAGACGAAGAACGAUUUCGAGAACAAUAAAUUCUGGUCGUUUAGGAAUGAACAAGGGAGCCAUGGAAACACGAACAAGAUAAGAUCAAUAAAGCAAAUGCAUCUAAAGAUAAUCAAGAUCGUGAAAGUCGUGAAUGACGCGUUCGGCAUGCAGAUUCUGUUGCUGAUGAUCACAUCGGUUAUCUUCACCAUUACUUUCCUCUACAUAUUGUACAGAAUUAUAUGGCUGGAUCUGACCAUGGAUGAACUUAUAAAAGAACUGGUCUCCGUGAUUUGCUGGUUCCUAGUUUACGCGUCGCAAAUCUUGCAUGUGAAUCACGUUUGUGCUAAAACGAACUCAGAGGUAACAAUUAUGGGCGAUGUUAUUUGCGACCUGUACGAACCAUCCACCAGCAACGAAUUUCGAGCAGAGAUUCGAAAUUUCACCCUACAGCUGAUACAAAAUCCGGUGGUAUUCACGGCUCGUGGAUAUUUCAACCUGGACCACACGUUUAUUCAAGCAGUCAUUGGAACGAUUACCACGUAUCUGAUAAUUAUGAUACAAGUGGGCGAUGUGACGAAGUCACGAACCGCGAGAACUCUGAACAAUGAAUCCGAUGAGAUUUUAUUCUAAGAAAUUUAUUUCGGUGGAAAUUGUACUCGACUUAAAGUUAAAUCCAAUUUCUCUCAGUUCUUUUAUUAAUAUCAUAUAAUAUCAAUUAAUAAAGUUACGAAUUCUUUUCAUCGAUUAUAAAUCGAAUUGUAAGUUGAAUUUUCCGGAAAAAAAUGAUAAAUUCGUCGAAAGCACCAAAAUAGUAUCUUGAACUCAAAUUUCUUCGCCAAGUUACUCGGAUAUUCGCCCUGACAAUUUUCCGCCAAUUAGGACGUGGACAGGGAUGAUACCUCAAUUACACUACCCCCUGGUACGCCCUAUACGAUUCCAGAUGGAGGCGUUAGCCCGUGAAAUUUGGUAAUCUUGAAACUGGAUAGCUCGUAAUUCGGUGAAAAUAGCUACUUCUUCGAACAACCCCUAACCGAUUUUUACUUAGCGAAAAUAGCGAUUAAACAGUCUUGGAAAUCUGAAUUAAAUUACUCUUCGAAGAAUCUAAAAUGAAAUAUUCAGAGAUGAAACUAAAAUGUUUUUCUACUGACUUUCAAAUUUUCGAAACUCUGCGUGAUUUUAGUAAAAAAUGAAAGCUUCCAAAAUUGUAUUACCACGUAAUAUUUUCAAGUAAUUGGGUAGGAGGAAAAGAAAAGAAAUUUGCAUUAACCGUGGAGUCUAGUUUCGAUCACUUUCGACUCAAACAAACGUAUUUUUCGUCAGAAAAUAUCCGCAAUUUAAACACAAUUUCACGUUUCGAUUUUACGUUAAACAUCUUCCUAAAAUAUCACAAAACCUUUUUCUUCGAUAAAAUGAAAGCAGUUGGUAAAUUAUAUUCCAAACUUUUCUGUCUGAUCUCUGUACUCUUUUCUUAAUUCCCGUUAUUCAUUCGUCGCGAUAUAGCUUUUCUUUCUUUUCUUUUUAUUUUGUGUGUAUGUGUUUAUGUAGUUCAUUUUAGUAUUGCAACUUACGCGGCACGGAUAAAAUACACGUUUACAACGGGUAUAACAUUAAUUGAGAAUUAAGGGUGCGAACGAGCGUAGCCGUCAGGAGCCACCUGCUACCGUGGAAUACUGGUGGGGCUAGGAGAAUUGAUAUAUUGUACCCAAGGGGACAGAGAGACCAGUUUAGAUGGGUGCAAGUACCGUGUCAUCCCUAAUCCUCUCCCCUCUCGUUAACUAACAUUCGUAAGAGAUAUCUGGGCUUUGUUGCCGAUUAAAUUAUUCCAGUCAAUGCGAUCGAAUCCACGAUAGUGUAUGUCUGCAUGUAUAAUAGUGCCAUGUACAAAAGCGUAUCGUUAAUUUUAAAUUUCGAAUUUUAUUCUAACUGACAAAUAUUACAUUGUCUUCCUUUCUACUCUACAUACAUGUAUGUAUUUUAUAAAAAAUAUUAUAAUUUCUUUAACGUCAGUUUUAAAAGCAAAUUUAUUCUUUUUAUAUAAAUUUAAGAAAUAUAAUUUCUUAAUAAUAAUUUUGCAAAACAAUAUAACAAUAAUAAUAAUAGUGUUAAUAUUUGUUUAAUAUCGAUGGCUGAUGUUCAUUGAACGGAAACAGAGAGAUAGAUUUUCUUGACCAAGGCAUAUGGUAUGGAUUAAGAUGGAGAUUUUAGAAAAGUAAACUCAAACAGGCUGCUACGAUUCUAAUAAUCCGCAAACGUCGUUUAUCAUGUCGAAACGGAU